AUGCGAGGGACAAUCGUUUCCUUCAUCCUGAAACAUCACAACGGCAGAGGGAGCCUUCGGGACAUCCAGGUUCCCGCCGUGGGCAAUGCCCGUAUAUUUGAGUUCUGGGUCUGGAUCCUGGUAGCCACCACACAGGUAGCAAACCCAUUGCUGCAAGGAUGGGUGAUAUAUGUCUCACUCACCUUGUUUCUCAUCUCCCUGGUGUUCCUGUUGUCUUCCUUGUUUGGAUUUUACAAAAGAUUUGAAUCCUGGAGAGUUCUUGACAGCCUGUACCAUCGGACCACUGGCAUUCUGUACAUGAGCGCUGCUGCCCUACAAGUACAUGUCAUGAUCGUGUCUGAGGCCCAGGACCUGAGAAACUACUACAUUAACAUGGCAGCCUUGUUCUUUGCCUUCGUCACCAUGCUGCUCUACAUUCUCCAUGCCUUCAGCAUCUAUUACCGCACAGGCACCAGGCCAAGGGGGAAAUGCUCUUUGAGAGCCCUGAUUAUUUCUCCCCAAAAGCAGCUUCCAGUGCUUGCCAUCUGGAUGAUAAACAGAAGAUCCACUAAAACAUCCACAGGAUUAACAGAGCUUCCUUGCAGACUAAGCGAUGACACCACACUUUGGACAUUUAAAUUCACUCUACUGAAUAGGAGGAAGCUUUCAUUUUCUUUUUCCUGGGAAAGUAACUGUCUCUUGGAAUUAUCUGACUGUGAACUUGCUCUUCUAGCAAACUCACAUCAAAGCCCUCACUGUUGAGAAUCCCAGCUCCACUGUCAAGCCUGUUUAGGAAUUUUGCCUCAGCUGUGGGCUUCCCUAGAGUAGGUUCAGGGAAAUACUCAGACUGAUUCUCUUGAAAUUGAAGAGGUGCCGCCAAGGCCUUCAGAUCUAAUGCAGAUCCACAGACCUUGUUCCUGGUCUUUGUUCAGCCUGCGCUAGGGAGCCGCGGUCCCGCGUUCCCAGGGAGGCUGUCAGGGUCAAGCCACCCUGCCCACCACCCUCCCACUUCCCCUCCCCUUUCCUCUCCAGCAUUGGGAUCCAAGGAAAAUCUGCAUGAAGCCAAUUUUGAGGGUAGAUGUGUGUGGAAAAUAAAUCAUUAUACAGUAAGACCUGGGGCUUGACGGGUGGGGAAUGGGGAGGGAAGGGCAUAGCCUGCUCCUCCAUGAGUCUGACAUCUCAGAAACUGCACAGCUGCCAGAUGCCUGGGUCAGGACUCCAAGACCCCACCUCUUAAGGACUAGAAAAUGCCUGGUUCCUCAGAAAAGACCCUCAGGGAAGAAGGUGAAAACAUUACAUCCAAGGAUUCUCCUGCCACAACCACAUUGGAAGAAAAUGCUGCCGCAUCAUCUCAGCGAGGAGUGAAGGACCCAUGUCCCAGGAACCGCGCUCCUCCACCUGCACUCACCCCCCUCACAUUCUCUUAAGCACCCGGUGGCCCUCCGAGGCCUGGCGGAAUGGUGGUGCCCACGGGGUUGGGCCAGGGCUCAACGGGCAAAGUUGUGCACACUAAAAUAUCAAAUCAAGGUGCUUGGUUUUAAAGUAAAUGUUUUUCUAAAGAAAGCUGGCUCUUCUGCUGACCCAGAUGAGUAGGGCACAGCCCUGUAACUGCACUUGCCUUCUGUCAUUUGGAAUGAAGUAAAUUAUGAGAAAGGGGCUUGUCUUAACUGAUUCGAGUGCUUACAGUUUGGUAUCAACCUUUUUCCCCUCCUGGGGUUUGCAGGGGCAGGGACAGAACUACAGGAGUCCUGGGAAAGAAAAUUCUGGCUUCAUUACUGCUCACUGCUCACUUUCUGAUCACUCUGAUACUUUUUUUUUGCAACCUGAUACCUUGAAAAGCCACCAUGUGUCUCCCUUUUGUUGCCGGGCAGCUGUCUAGGAUGAUCACUGUUUCAUAUUUACUAAGUAGCCACAUGCAAAUAAAAGUUGUUUGUGUGGUAAAAAGGA